AUGGAAAUUCGUCGGCCAUACAUGGACAUUGGCGUUAAAGCAGAAGUACUUGACUUGUCUAAGCGAAGAGAUUCGGUGGAGACCAGAAAUACACCAUCUCCUUAUAAUACAUCCAAAAGCACUGAUGACUCACCAAAUGCUCGCAAUCAUUCAGAAUGCAACUCCAGUGAUUACACUCACACCGAUAUCAUGACUGAGAGACUUUCAAUGGACGUGUCUUACAAUCAUUUUCCCAAUAUUAUCGGAAGAUCAAGGAGUCCCGGUUUCAAUAGAUCUCUCUCGCCAGUAAGGGAAACCAAUGCACAAAAUAUUCUCCCUAUUCCAAACAUCUACUCAGCAGCUCAAAUAAAUCCUUUCCUCUUACAAUCAGCAGUUCUCCAAAAAGACCUCAUUCAAGCCAAAAACUUUAAAAAUAUAUUCGAGACAAAUCCAAACUUACUGUUGAGCGAGCCAACUUCCUUGGCUGCAAACAUCAAACACACGCGUCCUUUCAAAGCAUAUCCAACAUCCUCGGUUUACGAUAACGACUCAGCCAAUAAGUAUGCCAUGUUUCGUAACCAAAUUCUGGGACAAAUAUCUGCAAACGGAAGUCGCGUUACAAGCACGAAAAGAACAAGAUCAAACUCUCGAUCAAGCGUUGAGUCUCAUCCUUCGGUCGAAGGAUCUCCACACAUUGACACCACCAACACAAACACAUCCAACUCAGCCAAAGCGAAGGAACAGAAUAUUAGCAACAACAACAACAAUAAUGUGGUUAGUAACAGCUCAAGUGUGUCGGACAAGGAUGAGUCUUAUCGUGAAAGACGACGAAAAAAUAAUGCAGCUGCAAAGAAAUCGCGUGAUCGCAGAAGAUUCAAAGAGGAUGAAAUAGCUAUUCGAGCUGCCUUCUUGGAGAGAGAGAAUUUGGAAUUAAAAUUCGAAAAUGCUGCAUUAAGAAAGCAAUUGGCAUUUUAUGAAGCAGCUACAACAUCGUAA